AUGGACACGAGGCAACGACAACGCUUAGGAGUGAGCGUCAACGGAUGUCGUGUUCACCUGCUCUCCUUCUUCAGGCCCAAGUCCUACAGGAGCAACUCUCCAGAAGAGAUUCGACUGUUAGCCAUCGCAGAAAACUUCCAGCGUCAGUACUCGCACUUGUGUCCUGACCGCAAACUGCUGCUGCUCUGUCCUGUAAACGAAUGUGGAGUAAAGAAGUUUGUGUCGACGACUCUUCGUCCAACGCCGACCAUCCACUGUGAACUGUUCGACUGGCAGGGCUGUGCCUCUUUUGUGGCCGACUUCCUGUCGUUGGUCCCUCUGGAUCCGCCCGAGGAGCUGCCGAAGGCCCUUUGCUCUCCCACCUCGGUGCUGCAGAGUCAGAGAGCCACGUGUUUUGAGUAUGCCACUCUGCUGUGCAGCCUGCUGCUCGGCGAAGACUACGAUGCCUACUGCGUCAGCGGCUACGCCGUCAAAGAGAUGUGUCUGCUCGAUCAGAGCCUGCAGCAGUGCCCCCUGCUGGACCCCGAGGUCAAGGCUGUGCAGGAUGUGAGCCCAGAACAGAAGGACCAGGAUGAUAAAUACUCAGUGAAGCUGCAGCUGCAGCUCAAGAGUCGUUUUCUGGCCGAGCAAGAGAAGAAGAAGCAGGAAGCUGAAGCUGCGCUGCUUUUAAAACAAAAACAACAAGAGGAGAAAGAUCAGCAGCUGGCCGACCCGCUGCGAGGCCUGCGGGUGCACUGCUGGGUGCUCGUGCUGUCGGGCUGUCAGGACGUCCAGGAGAACGUCUUCAUCGACCCUCUGACCGGGAUCGGCUACCCCACCAACAGUGACAACUUCCUGGGCAUCGAGAGCGUGUGGAACAACCUCAACUACUUUGUGAACAUGCAGGACUGCAGCAACGGCUGUGCUGACAUGAUGUUUGACCUGGAUGAUCUGAAAACGUGGGAGCCAGUCCUGUUUGGAGCAUCAAGCAAAAAGCAACUGAUUCAAGAAGUCCUGAAGAGAAAAGAGGCUAAAAUGAUGGGCAAAGGGAACCUGGUGCAGGUACCGAAUGUGUGUGUGAAUGUGCUUCCAGGCUGUGAUACACAAAUGGCAGCAACAAGCAUGCAGCAGGGGACCCAAGAUGCAGGCAGCUCAGAUGCAAUGUGCGUUGAAGGCACUGAGGUCGCCACGGUGAAGGAGUGGUAUCAAGACAGGAGCGACUUCCUGGAGGAGAAGGAGGUGGACAAUAUCAAUAAGGUCACCACAGAACGCUUCGGACACGGAAGAAAACGCCACCUGCUGUUUUUGAGGGUCAAAUCGCUUACUCUGGGCACUGAGGUUGAAAUGCACUUCAGCGGCGCUCGCGUUGACGACCUGGUGCGGAGGGUGCUGUCGCCGAAAGAAUUAAUCGAGCUCUUCGAAGGCCGGAGCGACUUCCUCCAUUACCGGCACGUCUACUUCAAAAAACAUGUCCAGCUGCUCAGCGAGAACUCACAAAUGGAGGAAGUGCCCGUACUGGUAACAGGAAACAAACACACAGAUCACUUCAUAAAUCCUCUGGAGUUUAAUGAUGGAUGA